AAAGUUCAAGGGGGCCGAAUACUUUCGCAAGGCACUGUAUUUGAUGCCAUUCCACUCCAGUCAUUACCACGAGCCCGUCCUCCCCAAUUAAGGUGCCACCUACCCCCUCUGGUGUGUACCUACGUGUGUGCUAUUCCAGUGCAUCGACAAGGCCAGAGAUCUACUGGAUGCAGAGCUGACCGCCAUGGCGGGAGAGAGUUACAGCAGAGCUUACAAGUUUACCAGUGGAUCGUAGAGGACUGGCAGAGGUGGUUUGAUGGUUUGCUCGCUGGUCAUCAACCUCCACGACGACAUGAGGACCUGGCUCAAGUACGCCAGCCUCUGUGGCAAGAGUGGACGUCUGAUUGAAGCCUUCCAGCACACACAACACUUUGUCCAGGGGAUGCAGCAGCAGGCCCAGCAUGCCGCUGAAGACAAGCAACACCAGCAGGAGCUCCACAAGCUCAUGGCCAGGACUCCUACCGCAACUACUUUAGGAGAAAAACAAAUCAGUCGCACUCUAUUUGUUAUUGCAGUGUGAGCUUUAAAAACACACAAACGUUUUCUCAGCCCACAUGUUCUCCCUCAUCUAAAGGGUCACGUACAGAGCGUUCUACUCUUUCUCCAGGACCGUGACCCGACCCCAGUGCUGUUACUCUUCUACGUCUUGCAACCCCAGCCAAUUUCUCUCUCGUUUCAUUCUGUGUAAACAGACUCUGGGACAGUUGUAGAAUGGUAGAUCCCAAAUUCAUACAACCAGUAGGCCUAGGCUAGAUCCAAUUAUAAGCGCAGCAAUGCGCACAUGGCAGUAGGCUAGGUUACACGCAAACGUUUUUUCCAUAAUGCAAUUAGUAAGAGAACACCAUUAUGAGUGGUUUCAUGUGACAGACAUCAAAAAAUCUGUUAGAAAUUUAGAAAGUGGGGACAUCCAAAUAUGCAACAACUAGUAUGUGUUUCCAAUAUCACUAGGAUUGUGCCUUUGGCUACUGGACAAUGAAAGAACAUUGAUUUUAAAAACCAAUAGAACAUGAGAGAAAAAUACAUCUGGUUUAUAAAAUAAUUGCCUGCAUGUUUAGUUGGAUUUUAGCUCGGCUACUUUGAAGCAACAUAAGACAAGCCUCAUAAUACCCUUGGUACCAUCCAACUGGCAGCUUCAUUAAUCUUUAUCAUACCCCCUCCUUUUUCGAACAUUCUGUUAAAAAUCGCGCAACUUUUCAGCGUCCUGCUACUCAUGCCAGGACUAUAGUAU